UUUUACUCUGUUUUACUCGUUCAUUUUCUCGUGGACUUCAUCAUGUCUCACCGUAAAUUCAGUGCACCCCGUCAUGGGUCCAUGGGAUUCUACCCAAAAAAAAGAUCCCAACGUCACCGUGGUAAAGUAAAGGCUUUUCCAAAAGAUGACCCGAGCAAACCAGUGCAUUUGACCGCUUUCAUCGGUUACAAAGCCGGUAUGACCCAUGUGGUUCGCGAAGCUGACCGUCCUGGUUCAAAGGUAAACAAAAAGGAAAUUGUCGAGGCAGUAACCAUCCUUGAAACUCCACCAAUGAUGAUCGUUGGUGUUGUUGGAUACAUUGAGACUCCUCAUGGUCUUCGUGCUCUUACCACUGUGUGGGCUGAGCAUCUUUCAGAGGAUUGUCGCAGACGUUUCUACAAGAACUGGUACAAGAGCAAGAAGAAGGCUUUCACUAAGGCCAGCAAAAAAUGGACCGACGACUUGGGACGCAAAUCUAUUGAAAAAGAUUUCAGCAAGAUGAUCAAGUACUGCAAGGUCAUCCGUGUUAUUGCUCACACUCAGAUGAAACUCCUGAGACAACGUCAAAAGAAAGCCAACAUCAUGGAAAUUCAAUUGAACGGUGGAACCAUCGAACAAAAGGUCCAAUGGGCAAGAGAACACUUUGAAAAGCCCGUGGCUAUUACCAACGUCUUCGCUCCUGAUGAGAUGAUUGACUGCAUUGGUGUCACCAAAGGAAAAGGAUACAAAGGUGUCACUUCUCGUUGGCACACAAAGAAAUUGCCACGUAAAACCCACAAAGGUUUGAGAAAAGUAGCCUGUAUCGGUGCAUGGCAUCCAAGUCGUGUAUCCUUCACCGUAGCUCGUGCUGGUCAGAAAGGAUACCACCACCGUACUGAAAUGAACAAAAAGAUCUACAGAAUUGGACAGGGUAUCCACACCAAAGACGGAAAGAUUGUCAAAAAUAAUGCAUCCACUGAGUACGAUCUGACUGAGAAGUCUAUCACACCCAUGGGAGGUUUCCCUCACUACGGAGAAGUCAACAACGACUUUGUCAUGAUCAAGGGUUGUUGCAUGGGACCCAAGAAACGUAUCAUCACUCUUCGUAAGUCCCUGUUGGUACACACCAAACGUGCUGCUCUUGAGAAGAUCAACCUCAAGUUCAUCGACACCAGCUCCAAAUUCGGUCACGGUCGCUUCCAGACCGCCGCCGACAAGGCUUCCUUCAUGGGUCUCCUCAAGAAAGACCGCAUUCGCGAAGAACAAGCUCAAACUGCUGCUGCAGCUCCCUCCACCGCUGCUGCUCAGUAA